AUGGACAACCUAAUUAAGGAGUUUGAUGAAUUGAAAUUAUCGAAGGAAAAAAGUAUAAUUAAGCAUUUAAGCGCUGAUGAAUAAAUUGUUGCAAGUUUUAAUGUUUUUAAAUAUAACGAAUACUUGAACAGACAAGAAAGAACACUAAUGAUAACAAAUAAAUGUGUUUAUAAUCUUAAAAAUCAUAGUAUUAAGCGUGUAAUACCUUUUCCUAAAAUAGAAGCGAUUACAGUAGCAUAUUUUGGCUCUGAGUUCGUUAUCCACGUGCCUUCAGAGUAUGAUUACCGCUACUAUAGUUUAGACAAGAUAGAAUCUAUCUUGCUCUUUAUAACUCAAGAGUAUGUAAAAAGCUAGUAGAAGAAACUAAAGUUUUUUUUCAAAGAAGAAAUCUCUCUCUAAGGUUAUUGGACAACAAAGGCAAAUAGAAAAAAAGCUAAUAAUUUAAUGCCUUAAGAAUCUCCUUUCCUGCUUGACUACGACGGUUUGCUAGAUAAAAUGAAUAAUAAAAAUUAGCAGGAAAGUAACACAAGCUAAGCUACUCGUUAAUAGAAUGGCAGUCAAGUGCAAACACGUACGUCAGUAAGAGCUUAAAGUCAAACUAUUUGGACAAAUAACUAGUAAAGAAAAGAUGUUUGCUUAGAAGAUUUUUAAUUGCUAAAAGUUCUCGGAGGUGGAGCGUUUGGCAAAGUGCUCCUUGUAGAAGAUAAACAGACAUAGGAAUGGUUUGCCAUGAAAGUAAUUAAGAAGCAAGUUAUCAUCUAAAAUGGGAAAUUUGAACACACUAAAACUGAGAAGGCUAUCCUUGAGCACGUUAACUUCCCUUUCCUUGUCAACCUUGUGUAUGCCUUUCAGGACAACCAGCACAUUUUUUUCGUAAUGUAAUUUUUAAAGGGUGGAGAAUUGUAUCAGUAUCUCAAACGUGAUGGCAGAUUCACUGAAUCAAGAACAAAGUUUUAUAUAGCUUAGCUUAUUCUCGCUCUUGGUCAUCUUCAUUCUAAGAACAUUAUAUAUAGAGACCUGAAACUAGAAAAUAUAGUUAUGGACUCUACAGGCUACAUUUGUUUAACAGAUUUUGGAUUGGCUAAGAAAAUCAUUCAUUAAUAAUAAAUUGCUACAACUUUUUGUGGGACAGCUGAAUAUCUUUCACCGGAAAUAUUAAAGGGAGAUGGAUAAGAUUUUACAGCAGAUUGGUGGGCUCUAGGCAUUAUUUGCUAUGAAUUAUUAUAUGGAAAUACUCCAUUCCAUAAUAAGAAUGCUCAUUAGAUGUUUGAACAAAUAAAAUAUGCUAAAUUAGAAUUUAAAAAUACAGUUGCUAUUUCUAAUGAAGCAAAAGAUUUCAUAGAAAAAUGCCUGACUAAAGAUAAAACAAAAAGAUUAGGAGCUAUUAAUGGCUAGUCUGAUGUAUAGGCCCAUCCUUGGUUUAAUGAUAUAGAUUUCAAUAAACUGCUCAAGAAAGAAUACUCUCCUGAAUUUGUGCCUGUAACUGAAGGUAUGAGCUGGAUAUCCAACUUUGAUAAGGACUUCACAAAAUUAUCUGCCCGUAUAACUAAUAAUCCUAAUGAUUAAUUCAGUACAGAUUCUUUUAAUGAUAUAUUUAAAGAUUUUUGA